AUGCGAACAACUGCAAUGACAUUCCCCGAGUAUGCCAAUUUCCCGUCGGCUGACAAACUGGAAGACUUAUUGUGGAUAGUCAAUGAUGAUGAAUCUUCGGCGCCUCCGCCGCCGUUGCCGCCGCGGUGUCCACGAGUGCCAAACGUGUCGCGGACGCAGAGUCUCAAAACGGGCCAGGAGGUGCCACGGCGGCAUUUGGCCGCCCCGAGCGACGCUAAUCAUCGUCGACGCAGUUUGCGGCUGAGCACACCACCGCCACAGCACUCGUACCCUUUCCAAGCCUUGAUCGUGGACGACUCUUCGUCUGCGGAUCCGCUGGGCAAGUCCCGAGGCGGCGGCGGCCGCCCGGAAGACGUGGACUGCAUCGCCGCCACUCAAAGCCGCCUCCGGGAAAGCGGCUUCUACUACGAGGGCGUCUCAUGGCAGGAAGCCAUCGACCUGCUGGCCAACAAGCCCGAGGGCACUUUCCUCGUUCGCGACUCUCAAGACCCCCGUUUCCUCUUCAGUCUCAGUGUGCAAACGAAACGAGGCCCGACUUCCGUUCGCAUCCACUACGACGACGGCUUGUUUAGUUUCGACGCUGUGCGAAAAAUGGCUCGAGCCGUGCCGCGGAAAAAGUGCGUCGUUGACUUGGUGGACUUUUACGUGUCUGUGUGCGAUUCGGACCGACUCAAGUGUCACGUGUGGUUGGACAAGAACGGCGACACGUUUGAUCACGUGCGACUCCGGGCGCCGCUCAAGCACCGCGUGGCGCCGUUGAAGCACGCGGCGCGGUUGGCGUUGAAUCGGGCGGCUGUGACCAAGGCGGACCUGGCCAAGGUGUUGCCGGCGUCGUUGAAGCUCUACCUGGAGGAAUAUCCCAACACGAGCUGA